AUGAGCGAGCUGCUCAACUUUCUCCUGUCAAAUGACGACACGUUCAAAAGACGUCUAGGAUCCCUCUACUCUGACUUCCCCCUUCAAAAUGACCCCGAUGGAUAUGCGAUAAAUAUAGCGGAAUGGCAAAAGGCUUUAGCCAAAGCGGCCAAGGUUGGCCUCAUCCCAGCGCCCAUACGAGGCGGGAAAAAGGACAGCAUCCAAACAGGAAGACCGCACCAGAGUAACUUGUUAGUCUUGAGCACAAGUAAUGCUUUAAGCACGGCACUGGAAACGCGAGAAUGGGGCCGGCCAAUUGCUUUACAAACCGUUAUUGAUGAAUCCCUCCGAACUAAUAACAUGAUUCUACUCUCCGAAUUUCUAUCCUCUCCUACCAGUCCUUUCAAAAAGAGCUGGAUUCAGCUGCCUAGUGCUCCUUCUCUGUCUCAAGUGUUUGGAUGGGGCAUUAAGCAAGCCCGUGGAUUAAUUCUCGGUGCCGAUUACGACCAUUCUGGGGCUUCUAAAGCUCUCAUAGAACAAGAUUUGGUUUUGGUGGAAAAUGUUAGGGACGCCGAAAUGCGACUGAUGAAGCAUGCUUUAGCUCAUCAGAACUUAGCAGUGGAUCGUAUCUACUCCAAAGAAAUGUUCAUGGAACAAUACAGUCACGUUAUGGGAGAAAACAGCGAAUUGUCUCCAGUUGAUUUCGAGGCACUUCUUGUUUUCUUGGCUCGGGAUCAACAAGCUAUCUUAUAUGAUGGAGAAACAAUAAAAUUUAGAGAUACGAGCGAUGGAUCCAGGUCCAUUACCCAAGAGGAUCGGACUAUAGCAUCUCUGAAGACACUAAUUUCUAAUUUAACCACACAGACCUGGAGCCUGGAAAAAAAGAUUGGGGAGCUUACAGCUGCAGCUCAAACUGCCCUCGGUAAAAAAAAUAAAAUCUUAGCUCUAUCAGCACUUCGCUCUAAAAAACUCGCUGAAAGAAACCUAAAGCAGCGGACAGAUACUUUAUAUCAGCUAGAGGAGGUUUACUCAAAAAUAGAGCAAGCUGCGGGCCAAGCAGAUAUAAUUCGGGUUAUGGAGGGAAGCACGAGUGUCCUUCGUAGCCUGAAUGAGCAGGUUGGAGGUGUCGAAAAGGUUGAAGAUGUGGUAGAGGAACUGAGGAAAGAGAUGGCUAACGUUGACGAAAUCGGAAAUAUCAUGAAUGAAGCUGCUCCUGCAGUAGACGAAGAUGAAUUAGACGAUGAGCUGGAAGCGAUGGAAGUGCAGGAGAGAGAAGAGGAGCAAGAAAAGGAAGCAGAACUUACUCGGCAAAAAUUGGCAGAGCUCGACAAGCUGCAUGCUCUAACGCCAGAAGAAAGAGCAAAUGCCAAGAAGAGGCAAUCCGACACAAAGGUAUCGUCAAAAUCGUCGAAUGCGGAUCUGGAAGAGAGCAUUAACAAGCUUUCCCAGAUGUCAAUGAGCGACGGCCGCGAUGAGAGAAAACUCGCGGCGGAGUGA